AUGAAAAUUGGCGUUGCAAUUUCCAUUUUGCUCCUGGCUUCUCCAGUCAUCUCAUGGCAUCUGAAAGCCCGUGUUGAAAAGCCAGGAAUCCCUUCGUUUAUCGGAUAUGGACGUGUAGUGAGUUCUAAUUUUUUGUGGAGAUUUUGGGCCCGUUUUUAAGCAAGUUUCGAUCACGUAACUGCUAAAAGCACUAAUAUUAUGUUGUAUCAGUCUGUCGGAAAUAUAAUGAGCACAAUGUCGCUACGCCAGCCACGUCGCUGAAGUGAAAAGCAGUUUUAUUUUGACACAAUUCAUUUUCUCAGUGGCGAUGUGGUUUUCGAUGCGACAGAGAGCUCAUUAUUUUCCCGACGGACUGAUAAUAUUUACAUAUAACUUUAUAUCCGUUUUCUAGAAGGUUCAACUGAUCUCCGGCGGAGCAUGGGACGAUCUGUGCGGCGAGGCGAUCGCAGAUGAGCAUGGCUUCUUUGAGAUUGAUUGUAGUGCCCCAUUGAAUGUUUUCCAAGUCAAGGAUCUUAAAGUGUAAUAACUUAUAUGCCCUAUUGUUUUUGUAAAAUACGCGAAUCCCUCAUAAAUGACGAUUUUUCAGAUACCACAGAUUUGAAAACGAGAAAUGCAAACUGCAGCGGUUCAACACGAUCAUGCUAAACGACGGCCAAGUCUUCGUACUCAACGACAGCGAGGAGGCUUGUGAAAAUGCAUGCGAGAAAGGGACUUAUUAA